ACCUUUCAACAUUCACCACAGUCGAAAAGUUUCCUAUUGGAGUUUAUGUUUUGGGGUGGUGUUUUUGUUGUUUUCCUUGAUUUUCACCGAAAUUCCCUGGGAAAAAAGUUAUUUUCUUGCAAGAGUGCUUUAGAGGAGCAUCAAGAUGAAUUACGGACGGAAGACCCCAACAUCGACGUAUAGAUCAACACCAUCGGUGUAUUCCCACAUCACAGGAAGAUCCUCCAAUCUGCAGUCUGGAAAGUCCAGAUCUCUCAAAUCCGUCCGCAUUCCAUGGUACCAGAAACCCAUUCUCAAGAAUAAUGCCUACAUGGAUGUACAGAAGGGAGCAAUGAUCACAGCCCUCAUCUGUUUGUGCGUUGCCAUAUUCACCAUCGUUACGGGUGUGUUCGACAUCUACUGCCUUGCUAUGGCUGCUCCCGGAUCAACUCAUUACGGAUACUACAUCAUUUCCUACGAAUUCGUCUACGUUGGAAGCAUUCACGUGAGAAAUACUCUGAUUGUAUUUGCCCUGUUCUCAAUUUUGGCUGGUUUUGCCGUAUUCGUCACCACCAUCAUGCUCAUCAUUGCCCUGAGAAAGGAGUACGAGAAAAAAAUCCUUCCAUGGCUCUGGGUAUUUGCGAUUUUCAUCAUUUUCCGGACACUCGCCUUCCUCUUCUUUGCAAUUCUCAACGAUUUAAUCUUCGCCUACAACAUCCUCAUGGUCCUUUGCUGGAUAAUCAUCCUUCCUUCAUCAGUCUACGGUUGGCUACUCGUCUAUUCGCUUUAUCUUGAACUUGCGGAUUUGACUAAACUCGAAGAUUUGGCGCAUUUGAGGAUGGGCACAAUGGCCUCCCUGAAUGCCUCCACCACACAUUCCCUGGCCGGCUCACGCCCCACAACACCCCAUAGCACAGUUUCAACGAUGCCAGUUGGUGGAAUAAGUAACUAAUGGAGUGAGAGUGCAGAACAAAGGUGAACUAAUUCGGCCAUUUAGUGAUGUCCGUGCAACACGCAUCCGUCCAAUUUACAGCACUUUUUUAGCGAGUAAAAAAAUGAUAAAAAUGUGUUUUUUCAACACAUUAAUAAGCAGCCCUUUUUCUACAGUAAGAUCUGCAUUCCGUCCACUAUUUUUUAUAUAUAAAAUGUAGAUGUUUUUAUAUACAAUUUGUAGAGUUUGAGAAAUGAUUUUUUCUUAUAAAGGAUAAAAAUAGAAGAAAAU